AUGGAGGAACAUGAAGCCACGCGACGAGCUGCUACCUCUUCUUCCGGCGUAUGGGGUACAAGGCUGAUCUCAACAACCACGUCGUGGCGCACAUCCACAACCUCCCUCGCAACGCUCAAGGGGGAUUUCACAGACACCAUCGUCGGUGUAUGCGAGAUGAGAGGUAGAAUAUCAAGACUGUCGACGCUGUGCAAGUGCUUCCCUGCGGUGGUUCGCCGGUGCGACGUCGAGAGGUUCUUGAAUAUCGGAAGAUUGUACCCUGAAAUUGAUCCCCCGGAGAAACGCAUCGAUAUGCACAUUGACUUGUUAAGGCGCGGUGAGUUUAGGGAUAUGGAGUGUGUUAAUGACAUCGUCAAGAUAGAAGCGCAAUCUGAUCAGCUUGCAGAGACGUACUUUGAUGGAUUCGAUACUGACCUUGCGCGCAAGUUGGUAUAUGUGACCGCGUUUGACCACAACUUGGACAGACGGUUUUGA